AUGAAAACUACUUCACUCUUUAUUGUUUUAAUCUUGUCAAGCUCAUGGGCAGCUUCUGCCGAUGAACAAGACCAUUUCCUUCAUUGUCUCUCUCAAACGUGCCAUAACUACUCCUCCAUUUCCAACGUUGUCUACACCCCUUCAAACUCUUCCUACACUUCCAUCCUCGAAUCCUCCAUCCGAAACACAAGAUUCUUAUCCGAAUCCACUCCGAAACCGCAAGUGAUCAUAACUCCGGACCACGAGACGCAGAUCCCGCCUGUCAUACUCUGUGCCAAGCAGAGCGGUCUGGAGAUCAGAACGCGAAGCGGCGGCCAUGACAUGGAGGGACUGUCUUACGUCUCACAAGUCCCGUUCGCGAUCGUUGACUUGGUCAACCUCAGCCAAGUCACGGUCGACGUGGACGAGAAAACGGCCUGGAUCGGAGCAGGCGCAUCCACCGGUGUCGUAUACUACAGGAUCGCAGAAAAGAGCCCCACUCUGGCUUUUCCCGGGUCUAUCUGCACCUGGGUCGGUGUCGGUGGGCACUACAGCAGAGGAGGCUACGGCGCAUUGCUGAGAAAAUACGGCCUCGCUGCGGACAACGUCAUCGACAUGAGAAUAGUCAACGUCAAUGGAAAUAUCCUGGACAGGGAAUCAAUGGGCGAGGAUCUGUUCUGGGCGAUCAGGGGCGGCGGAGGCGCCAGCUUUGGCGUGAUCACUGCCUGGAAGGUGCAGUUGGUGGAUGUUCCAGAAACAGUCACUGUUUUCUCAAUCACGAGAAGCGUGGAAGAGCAGAACGGCGCAGAACUGUGGCAGCGCUGGCAAUAUGUGGCGCCUCAGGCAGACAAAGAUUUGUUUGUCGGGGUCAUUGUUUUCAGAGUGAACACGACCGUCCUGGUAAACUUCUUCUCAGUUUACCAGGGCGGCGCGGACAUAUUAGUUUCAUAUAUGCAAGAAAUCUUCCCCGAGUUAGGGCUAGUGAGAGAAGACUGCACGGAAAUGAGCUGGAUCCAAUCCACCUUAUUUAGCAACCAAAUGCCGAUAGAUCAACUAGAUGCUGUGCUCAACCGGACUCAGCCCGGUCUCAGACAGCUCAAAGCCAAGUCGGAUUAUGUCCAGACGCCCCUUCCGUUGAACGUGAUCGAGGAUAUGGUGAGUAUGCUACGUGAACCGGAAGCAGACGAGACUAACUAUUACAUGGUUCCAUAUGGUGGAAUCAUGGAGGAGAUAUCAGAGUUUGAGACUCCGUUUCCUCACAGAGCAGGUGCGCUUUACCAACUUGCCGGCUUGACUUACUGGCAAGACUCUGAGGCGGCGGAUACGGACCGUUACUGA